UGGGAGCCGAGGAAAAGUCAAAAAGUGUGGAGGAGAAAGCGAAUGGACCGAUAAACACGACUAUUAGCUAACAGACACCGCUGGGGCGUCAGGCCUGCUGCUAGAGGUGGUUGAAGAUGGACCCCAACAGUGAAACCAGGAGGGUGACCUCUUACCUCCCAGGCAGCCACUCCUCUGGGACCCAGAAACUGGCCCCGCCCAGAGGCCCAGGCUGCAGCUGGCUGGUGGUGGUCGCGGCUCUAGCUGCCUCUCUGAGUGGCCUGAUGCUGGGUUAUGAAAUGGGCCUGACCUCCGGAGUCCUGCUGCAGCUGCGGGGCCUCCUCUCCCUCUCCUGCCGGGAACAGGAACUGCUGGUCAGCUCCCAACUGCUCGGUGCUCUCCUCAUGUGCCUGGCCGGAGGUCCUAUUCUGGAUCGUUAUGGCCGCCGCUGCUCCUUGCUCCUGAGCGCCGUCCUGGUGAUCGGAGGGACUGUCGUGCUCGUCGCCUUUACCUCACUUAUUGCACUCACACUGGGCCGGGUGAUAGUCGGCAUGGGAACAGCGCUGUCAGGGACAGGAGCGUGUCUGUACAUUGCGGAGAUCUCCCCGAGAGAGAGGAGGGGUCUGCUGGUGACUCUGUACGAGCUAAUGUUGGUUGUGGGGGUCAUGCUGGGAUUCAGCUGUAGUUACGCCUUUGCUACUCUGCCUCACGGCUGGGCGUAUACAUUUGGACUAGUUAUCCCUCCAGCGGUGCUGCAGAUCAGUAUACUCCUGUUCCUCCCAUCCAGUCCACGCUUCCUGGUUACCAAGGGUAAAGUGGAGCAGGCCAGGAUAGUGCUGGCCCGGAUGAGAGGUGGGGUUGAGGAGCAUGUGGAAGAGGAGCUCAGAAACAUCCAGGCUGGACUUAAAGAGGAAUCAGAGCAUAGUUUCUUGGAGUUGUUCAGUACCAAGUCCAACUUGCGAUCGCGGCUGCUAACAGGCGUGGCCUUGGCCUUCCUUCAGCAGGCUACCGGUCAGCCCAACAUCCUCUCCUACGCUUCACCUGUUCUCCGCAGUGUCGGCUUCAACAGUGACGCCGCAGCAACCUUGGCCUCCACGGGGUUCGGAGUGGUCAAAGUAGUCGGCACCAUCCCAGCCGUGUUGCUGGUCGAUCGCGUUGGACCCAAGAGCUUUUUGUGUGCGGGUGCUGUCGCAAUGGGAAUAUCUUUAGCUAUACUCGGCACAUUGACACUGCAAAGCCACACUCAGCUCACCAGCCUGUGUAAAAGUCACACUGUACUAAACCACACAUAUACGCCGUGGGAUUUAAACGGAACCCAUAUAGACUUUGACAACAGUGACAUUUUUUCCACUGACCUUCCCAGCCAGUGGAACAGCGAGGAGGCACAGCGGACUAACAGAGAGGAUGAUGGGAUUGGGGAGUCAGGAGGAGGAAGGACUAGUGUAGAAGUGUCUUCCACACUGAAGUGGGCGUCAUUGAUCAGCUUGCUGGUGUAUGUGGCAGCUUUCUCCAUUAGCCUCGGGCCAAUGGUGUAUGUGGUUCUCAGUGAGAUCUUUCCAAUGGGAGUCAGAGGCAGGGCUGUUUCUGUGGUGUCGGCUGUAAACUGGGCCACUAACCUGCUCAUCUCCAUGACGUUUCUCACAAUCACAGAACGUAUUGGUGUUCCCAACGUGAUGUUCCUCUACGCUGCGAUGAGCUUUGUUCUCUUGGUGUUUGUCAUCCUCUGUGUCCCUGAAACCAAAGGUCGCACGCUGGAGGAGAUAUCGAAAGAACUGGCUAAGAAGAAGCAUUUUGAGGCGAGGCUCUGCAGGCAGGUUCAGCCUCAGGAGAGUCUGAUCAGCAGCAGCACGUCCACAGAGAUUCCAGCAAACGUCUGACUUUUUUUUUUUUUAAAAACAGGCAACAACUGUACACCUCACCUGAAGGAGAGUCAAGAGUAAGGAUCAAGAAGGACAAUGUAUUAGCAACUCAUACAUCACUCACAUAUCUCUGUCAUAUAGCUCCUUCUAGCUACAGGCAGGAGAAAUUAACAGGACAGGGAUGGUAGAAGAUACAUAUGCAGGAAAUAAUUAAAUAUUUGAAUUUGCUCCAAAGAGGA